GUAACUGUGUUUGGAGAAUUCAGACACGCAAGAGUCAGAGAUCGAGAGAAGCUCUAUUAUUUUUGUGCUUGGGAUUUCCUGCUCCUGCGGUAGGUGACUUCAUUUUUUCUUUUCUUUUCCUGUUAAUUUCUUUAGUUCCCCUCAAUUCGAUCGAAGAUGGAGGAAGUCGAUCACCUUGCUCAUGAAAGAAGCAAGACUCAAUUCGAUGUUGAAGCUAUGAAGAUCGUCUGGGCUGGUUCUAAGCACGCAUUCGAAGUCUCUGAUAGGAUUUCUCGUCUUGUUGCUAGCGAUCCCGGUUUUCGCAAGGAUAACAGGACUGUGCUAAGUCGGAAAGAGUUAUUUAAAAACACUCUGAGGAAAGCGGCAUACGCGUGGCAACGGAUCCUUGAGCUCCGUCUUAAUGAAGAAGAGGCAUCCAGGCUGAGGUUUUAUGUUGACGAAACUGCUUAUACGGAUCUACACUGGGGCAUGUUUGUACCUGCUAUUAAAGGUCAGGGCACUGAGGAGCAGCAGAAGAAGUGGUUGCCCUUGGCUUAUAAGAUGCAGAUAAUUGGCUGCUAUGCACAGACGGAACUUGGUCAUGGCUCCAAUGUUCAAGGACUUGAAACCACUGCAACAUUUGACCCCAAAACUGAUGAGUUUAUCCUUCACAGUCCUACCUUGACUUCAAGUAAAUGGUGGCCUGGGGGACUUGGUAAAGUUUCGACACAUACAGUGGCAUAUGCCCGUCUUAUAAUAGAUGGUCAGGACUAUGGUGUGAAUGGUUUCAUUGUACAACUUCGAAGCUUAGAUGACCAUUCACCUCUCCCGGGUAUCACUAUUGGUGAUAUUGGAACAAAGUUUGGAAAUGGAGGAUACAACAGUAUGGAUAAUGGUGUCUUGCAGUUUGAUCAUGUGCGCAUCCCUAGGGAUCAAAUGUUGAUGAGGGUUUCUCAGGUUACAAGAGAAGGGAAAUAUUUGAAGUCCGAUGUUCCCCGACAGCUAGUUUAUGGAACUAUGGUAUAUGUACGCCAAACAAUUGUGUCUGAUGCAUCCUGUGCUUUAUCACGAGCAGUUUGUAUCGCGACAAGGUAUAGUGCUGUCCGAAGACAAUUUGGUUCUCAAGAUGGUGGGCCUGAGACCCAGGUGAUUGAUUACAAGACUCAGCAGAAUCGGCUAUUCCCUUUAUUGGCUUCUGCCUAUGCAUUCAGGUUUGUUAGUGAGUGGUUGAAGUGUCUGUAUACUGAUGUAACCCAGAGACUGCAAGCCAAUGAUUUCUCUACUUUGCCUGAGGCUCAUGCGUGCACUGCUGGUUUGAAGUCUCUGACUACUACUGCUACUGCUGAUGGAAUUGAAGAAUGUCGGAAAUUGUGUGGUGGCCAUGGUUACCUAUGUAGCAGUGGGCUCCCUGAGUUAUAUGCUGCUUAUGUUCCUGCCUGUACAUAUGAAGGAGACAACAUUGUUCUGCUCUUACAGGUUGCUCGGUUUCUUAUGAAGACUGUCUCUCAGCUGGGAAAGCCUGUAGGCACAACAACUUAUAUGGGACAGGUGGAGCAUCUUAUGCAGUGCCGGUGUGCUGUUCAAAGAGCUGAGGAUUGGUUAAAACCUAGCGUAAUAUUGGAGGUAUUUCAAGCAAGGGCUGCUAGGAUGUCUGUUGCCUGUGCUGAAAAUCUAAGCAAAUUUUCAAUCCCAGAAGAAGGCUUUGCGCAACUCUCUGCUGAUUUGGUAGAGGCAGCUAUCGCUCACUGUCAGUUGAUUGUUGUAACGAAAUUCAUUGAGAAGUUGCAACAAGACAUACCUGGAAAGGGGGUGAAGGAACAGCUGGAGGCGCUGUGCAAUAUUUAUGCUCUCUCAUUGCUUCACAAGCACCAGGGUGAUUUCCUUGCAACUGGGUGCAUCAGCCCCAAGCAAGCAUCUCUUGUAAACGGGCAGCUUAGAUCUUUGUAUGCUCAGGUUCGUCCAAAUGCCAUUGCCCUGGUUGAUGCAUUUAACUACACCGACCAUUACCUUGGCUCCGUUCUUGGACGUUAUGAUGGAAAUGUGUAUCCUAAACUUUAUGAGGAAGCUUGGAAAGACCCGCUCAAUGACUCUGUUGUUCCAGAGGGUUACCAUGAAUACAUUAGGCCCCUGCUGAAGCAACAACUCCGGAUGGCAAGACUGUGAUUACCAAAUUAUAUUCUUUAUGGCAUUAAUUACAUUAUCAGUGCUGUAAAUAAGGCUUUGGGAGCAAACCCACACCCCAACGCAGUGGCAUUUUGUUGGACUUGAGGUGCAGUGAACUUGCAACAAACAAACUAUAUAUCUGUUAAGUGUAGCUCUAAUCAUCUGUAACAAGGGAUUGACUGACCGAUGUUUAUUCCUUUUUGUAGAAUUAAAGGGAUUUGUUUUAUUCCUUUUAUACGAUUUGGAGGCUUACUAGCUGGAUUAUUAUACUGAAUGAAAUUACAUUUUUAUUAA